GAACCAAAGAAGAUGAAUCAUUGCAGUCACGAAAGCUUUAAAUCGAAAUUUAAUGGUAUAACUCUCAAAUGAGUAAGUUUGCAGGCGAUUUUCAUUUUGGCCAUUAAAAUAAAUCUGUACCAUUACAGAUUUUCCACUUAAUCGGCGCCCAUUCUGCUCUGGCCCAUGCAUGUAUGGAUGAGUGUGCUAAUUGUGUUUGUGUUGAUGUGUAUUCAUUAUGUAGGAUUUCAUAUUUGUGUAGAUGUUUUGUUCUUGAGUACGUGUGUAUAUGUAUUUCGGUGUAAUCAUGUGUAUAUGCUGACAUGUUAUUUUCUCAUUUAUGUAUACCUGUAUGCGUAUGCAUAUUAUGUAUAUUUAAUUGUGUAUGCUUUUGUGUUAGUAAAUGUGUAUAAUUGCAUGUGUGUGUACCAGCUUGUGUUGCUUCACUCCUCUGCUAGGCCCAGUUACUGUACGGCAAUGUCAAUAGGCCUGGCCUUGGACGGGUCCCACGUUUAGCCAAGAGGUUCCGCUGGGACAUGGCGAUGGUUUAACUAUAUUCCGCUUGGCAGGAGUGAAUUGUUGUGAGCGUGAUAACGCUGCUUGAGUGUGUGUGUACUAGCGUUGCCGGAGCUGUCACUGCGUGCUGUGAAAUGUGUUUACGGUGUCGCCUACUGGGCCCUUCGUAGCCGGGCCAGGACGCAGGAGCACCCUCUCCACAUCAAGCGCGAGAUCACGUCAAAUUGCUUUCUAAAAAUAUAAGCCGCUUGCAAUACGAUACUUCGUAUUUUUAAAGGGGGGAGGGGGUUAGGGUUUGAGGUGAAGCGUGCAGACUGUUAUUCGCGUGUGGCAGCGGUCGCACACGCUUCACCAUCAUCGACUGCAUGACUUUGCGUUAGUUGCCAGUGCUUAACGAUAAAAAAAUUUUAAUAUAUUUUUUUAAGACAGCUAUUGAAUAAUUGAGUGUCACGUCGAUAAAAAUUGUGCGACGGCCACACAUCUCGGCGACGAUUAGGCAAGUGCAGUAUUUCUCUGUACGGAAGCGUGCAGCUGUGAAGCAGAUGAUAGAGCGGUAUUAUCACCAGCUGACGGAAGGCUGUGGCAACACCAGCUGCUCCAACGAAUUCUGUGCCUCCAGUCCAGCGUUCAAGCCUCUGGAUAACAACAGUGCAGCAAUCAGGGCUGUAGAGCUAUGUCGUAAUAAAGCCAAGCUGUGCGACCCACACCCUUCCAAGAGGGGAGCUUCUCUCUGCCACAUCGACUACUACCCGGAGGCCGACCUGGCGUCCCAGGACAGUCGGAUAGCCGAGGGAGCCGUGGCGUUGGGAAAGGCCGCACAGCCCCACAGGCAGGACUUCCCAGAUGUAAGAUUCCUUACGGAGGAGAAGCUGGAGGAGAUAAUGCAGACAUGCACCAGCGUGGGAGACCUGUCUCCGCUUGUGCGGGUCAUAGGCCGCAUCUUCUCGAGCGCCGACGCCCUCGUCCAGAGCUUCCGCAAGCCCAAGCAGCCGUCCAAGGAGGAGCUCAAGUCCUUGCAGACCAAGGACGAGGACAAGGACGAAGACGAGAAGGAGGUGUUUGUGGAUGCACCCAUGGAAGUGGAAGAGGCUGCGGCGGCCACGGCCGAAGGUGGCAAUGUGGCAGCUGCGGGGGCGGCAGCGUCAUCGUCGAGUGGCCAAACGGAGGCCAAGAAUCACUUGGUUGAGCUAGGGCCCGACGAAGUGACGUUGGACAUUGAGGCAGUGCGUCGCGCUUACCGGCUGCUGCUGACGCAUGACAGGAUAGAGACGGCGAUUCUCAAUGCCCUGUUGUGCCUGUCGCCCAACGUGGAGUGCGAACUAACGUACCAUAACAUGUACGUGCGGGACCCCAACUACCUGAACCUCUUUGUCAUCAUCAUGGAGAACCACAACCUGCACAGUCCCGAGUACCUGGACGUCGCGCUGCCGUCGUUCUGCAAGGCCAUGAGCAAGCUGCCACUCGCAGCGCAGGGCAAGCUGGCGCGGCUGUGGUCGCAAUACAGCCCCGACCAGCUGCGACGCAUGCUGGAGACCUUUCAGCAGCUCAUCACGUGCAGGGUCAUCACGCAGGAGUUCAACAGCCGCAACUUGGUGAACGAGGACGACGCGGUGGUGUCGGCCACCAAGUGUCUCAAGGUGGUGUACUACGCGAGCCUGCUGGGCGGCGACCUGGAGAAGGGCCACAUCGAGGAGGAGGAGGACGACGACGACGAGCCCGUGCCGGAUUUGAACGACGCCACGCUGCGGGAACUGCUCGGCGAGGACCGCCACAACAAGAAGGGGCCGCGCAUUGACCAGCUGGAGGCCGAGCUGAGCCUGCGCAGGACCGACUGCCGCAAGCCGAUGAUCCCGUACGAGGAAUUCAUCAACGAGCCGCUCAACGACGUGCUGGAGAUGGACAAGGACUUCACGUUCUUUAAAGUUGAGCAGGACAAGAAGUUUUCGUUCAUGACUUGCCCAUUCAUCCUGAGCGCCGUCACCAAGAACCUGGGCCUGUAUUACGACAACCGGAUACGCAUGUACAGCGAGAGGCGGAUAACGGUGCUCCACAGCCUGGUGCAGGGCCAGCACCUGCACCCCUACCUCAGGCUCAAGGUCCGCAGAGACCACGUCAUCGACGACGCGCUCGUUCGGUUGGAGAUGAUUGCUAUGGAGAACCCCGCGGACCUGAAGAAACAGCUGUACGUGGAGUUCGAAGGAGAGCAGGGUGUGGACGAAGGUGGCGUCUCCAAGGAGUUUUUCCAGCUCGUCGUGGAGGAGCUCUUCAACCCUGAUAUAGGAAUGUUCACCUUUGACGAGUCGACGAGGCUCUUCUGGUUCAAUCCAUCGUCGCUGGAGAACGAGGGCCAGUUCACGCUGAUCGGCAUCGUGCUGGGGCUCGCCAUCUACAACAACUGCAUCCUCGACAUCCACUUCCCCAUGGUUGUCUACCGCAAGCUCAUGGGCAAGCGGGGGACCUUUCACGAUCUCGCGGACUCCCACCCGGCGUUAUACCAAAGCUUGAAGGACCUGCUGGCCUACGAAGGCAGCGUGGAGGACGACAUCAUGGCUACCUUUCGCAUCUCGUACUUUGACAUGUUUGGCACCCCCAUUACUCAAGAUCUGAAGGAGAAUGGCGAGGACAUUCCUGUCACUAAUGACAACAAAAAGGAGUUUGUCGACCUGUACGCCGAGUACAUCCUCAACCAGUCGGUGGAGAAGCAGUUCAAGGCGUUCCGCCGGGGCUUCCACAUGGUGACGAGCGAGUCGCCCCUGAAGGCCCUCUUCCGGCCCGAGGAGGUGGAGCUGCUCGUGUGCGGCAGCCGGGUGCUGGAUUUCCAUGCCUUAGAAGAUGCAACGGAAUAUGAUGGUGGAUUCAAUAAAAGUUCAAGAGUUAUAAGAGACUUCUGGGACACGGUGCACGAUUUUUGCGAAGACAAAAAGAGGUUGUUCCUUCAGUUCACCACCGGCACAGACCGGGCACCUGUCGGCGGUCUGGGAAAACUCAAAAUGAUUAUCGCCAAGAACGGCCCCGACUCGGACAGAUUGCCCACGGCACACACCUGCUUCAACGUGCUGCUGCUUCCCGAGUAUAGCAGCCGGGAAAAGCUCAAGGAGAGGCUGCUCAAAGCCAUCACCCACGCCAAGGGCUUUGGCAUGCUCUAGGCAUGCUGUAGCCACUGCCCAGCCUCCAGGAAAGGGGGUGGUGUGAAGGGGAGUCGGAGGAAAUCCCCACCAGUUGGGCCAACACAUUUUUAGUUUUGCCUCCCGGCCGCAACUCAGCACAGGCUUUGCAGCAAGGCUACAAUGAUUUGCCAAAAUCAAUGAAACCACAAAGAUAGCAGCGAGUAAGACCCCUCACAAGCCUUAUUAAUUUGCUUCCGAACUCGUUAUGACUGUUCUAAAUGAUGACAGCCACAGUUUUGGGAGACUUUUUUUCCAUCACAAGAGUGUUGUUAAAAUCUACUUUGUUCAUUCUUCCUUCAAUGCCCAUGUAUGUUGCUGCUAAUUUAUAGUUGUUCUCAUACAUUUUUUAUUUUGUUAUAUAUAAAUUUUGACGUAAAAACAUUUGUGGUCAUUGUUGAAUUAAAGAUUUUCCCCCACUGUCAUUAAGGUUUUUCACAUUUUAGAUUUUUGUUACAUUUGACAUAUUUUUCUUCUUUGUUAAAGUGCAAACAUUUAAAAAUAAUGAUAAAAUUGCUCUAUUCUUAUUUGCUACCGCCACAGCCCAGAGUAAGAGAGCGGUCAUUGUCAUCUGGUCCUGAAGAUAUUGUUUUCGAGAUUCGAAUUGAACGCUUUGCAUGACUGCAUACUCAUUUUUUUUAACUAACCAUUUAAUAAACUAAGCAUAAUUUAAGUAGUAAAUGUACACCGAUUGAAAUAGUCCAAACGCGGCUUAAAUAAACUGUCCAAAUUAAUAUCAUAGUGUAACACAUGCUAAAGUAAACCCUUUUAUGUGGGGCAGUCAAAACAUUUUGAGAGCUGCAUAUUGUUGAAGCACGUACAUUUAUUUAUUAUAUUGGGCCCUUAAAAUCACAGCACUUGCUAUAUGAUAGGUACAAAAAUAGAAGGCUUAAAAAACGAAAUACUGUGACUUUCCUUUCUCGUUCUUUUACAACUACUAUGGCUGUCCAUCUUGAGCAAUGAUUUUGUGUUUGCAGUGGUGAAUGUGAUGUUUACAGUGAAAGAUAAAUUGUAAAGCAUGCAUUUGUGGCAGAUGUUGCAAUAACUACUUACCGAUGGCAAAUGUUAUAAACCAAACUUCUGUUGGCGUACGCCAAAUUACCAAACUUGUAAAGCCAGAUGAAAAUACAUACAAUUGAAAUCCAUUACAAAAAAAUCAAGGCCUUUAUAGUUUUUUUCAAUGAAAAGGUUCUUAUAGAUGUGUACGGAGCUGAGAUACGAUAAUAUCCACGGUAAAUGUUCCAUGUCACCACUGUCUUGUCAGGUGCUCAGCAUUGAGUUGCGGUUUAAAUGGUUCAUCCACAGCAUUUGUAGUUUAGCUCGGGCACUUAUUAUACCGAAAUAUGUCCAGUUGUCAAGAUAGUUUAGUAAACGUGUUUUUUUGUCAAGGGACACAAACGUCAAUUUGUCCAUUUAAUAUAAGCACUCUGCCGCUAAAUUACCGUGACUGGUCUGUUGGUUUAUAAGUCUUCCAAGAGACACCUUGUACUUUUAAAAGAAACUACCCCAUUGCGAUCGACCCUUUCUGCACACUGAAGCAUACCGCACACCACCUUACCUUGGUCAUGCCCUUUUUUAACGGGACUUGACCAAUGUGAUUUUAAAAGCAGAAAUCUCUGAAUAUUAUUGCCAUGUAUUGACAGCCCUCCACGUUACUGAGACCACACUUCCCGUAUUUUGUAAAAAAUAAAUACAAUCUGAUAUGGCACUUGUGCAUGUACUCUGUUAAAUUAAACUUUUGCUGAUGUUUCUAAAGCCAUUGAAAUUAAUAUUUGUGUGUGUCCAUCUCCACAAAGAAAUUUGUUUGCCAUCGAGAGGAGUCUUGUAAAUUAUUUUGGCUUUAGGUCACAAUAAAGGGGAAUGCACCUUAGCAUAUUUUUCGCUUCACGAUCACCAUCAGUUGUAGGCUAUUACUCGAUGAAAACCUCACCGUUUUCUGAUACCACGAAUAAUCUCGUGCACAUGAGUUAAUCUCAUCGCUCCAUGUCUGGCGGUCAUCCUAUCAGGCACGUUUUUGCCUUCGGCCGGCGAUUUGUCACCAGUCACACGAACCAGUCAUCAAUCCCCUUACAGUCAUGUCCUGCCCGAGCCCACUUUCGUUGACGGUCCAUAUGAUGUCUCUCUAAUUUACAUUUAAUCCUUUUGUUUCUCUGUCACGGUGUAAUUCCCAAUGCAUAUUGCAUGCUUUUUGUACUAUUUAAUCUUUGGUCCCUGUGUUAGUGUCCAUGUUUUUAAAUGUCAUCGCAGGUAACAUCCACCGAUUCCAAACUUGACUUCUCGAAGCCCGUUGGUAAAUUUAUUUUCAAUAUCAAAUUCAGUUUUACAGAAGCACUUAUCCCUGCUGUCAUUUGCUAUAAUUAAUCAUUUUAAUGCUUAUCCCUAUUUCAAUUAUUGUCCUGUGUAAUAUCCGUUUCCAAUAGUGUCCCUCCAAUUGUUGUAUUUUGUGUAGCAAACUGGGAACAGUACUUGUAUCGCUUGCAUCAACACGCAUUAACAAGUUUUAACUUCGGAGUAAAUGCAGGCACGAAUUAACAUAACCUGAAAGGAGAGCAGAUGGUGAUUUCAAUGUUCUUAAAUAUUGCAAUUAAUUACUGAAAACUGAUGGCUUUGUGCUAAAUAGUGGCAAUGUAAGUCUCAUGCUUUGCUGGCCAAUGAGUAUUUCAUUUUCACAAUGGUGGCGACGACACUGAUCUUAAGUCGAGCUGAGGUCAAGACUUGGUAUGAACGAGAAAGUCAGCUGAUAUAAGGCCACACCCAUAGAUCGUGGACCUUUGAUGUUGGUUGUGCUUUUCUGAGAACUUAAUUUCAGCAGUGUUUCAUAGGUUGAUGGUGUAUACUUAGAUUUUGGCAGUGCCUGGGAGUUCUCACCAUGUUAACACAAGUUCAGAAUGCAAGCCACGUCAUUGCAUCGAACAAGUGUACAUAUUUGAGCACCAGUUAUUUGUCGACUCUUGCUUGAUUGUAUUUUAAUUUGAGCACCAGUGAUUGGUCUACUAUUGCUUGAUUUGAUUUUAAUGCAGCAUCUCUUAAGCUUUCACUGAGUGCAUUGGGAUCCUUUUUUGGGGCCGAAUAGGAGAUACGAGUAAGGAGAUACGAAGUGAACAAGAAGUGCUGUACCAAACAUCCAUGGUCCUUCAAGACCUAAGAAGGUUAGAUUUUAAAUGUGAGGCUGGAUUAGUACACAACAUUUAUUUCCACAGCAUAGCAGAGAAGGAAAUGUAACAGGAUGCAGUAUGUGAACAAUUUGGCUUAGCGAUCACAAGCAGCCAAUCAUGAACCUAUUGUCUUAUUGCUAAAGUGAUUUCUUUGUAACAUCCAUUUUCUCACAAAUUUUAGUUUGAAGGGUUAAAACACGCUAUGGGGAAACGUCUUUCUGGAAACAAACGUGGUCUCUUGAAACUCACUGCACUGGCACAGCUCUGUAAAUGUUUUGGAGUUUAGAGUUGGUAUUUUAAUAACUUUUCGUGCAUCGGGUCUUCAGGUGCAUCAGCAUUCAUGGCGAUCAUGUCUGAUGUCCUAUUCAAUACCACUUAGAAGUUACAGGGUAGGAGACUGUCGGAGACCAACUUGAUUCGAGCGUAAAGGGAAUUUUACUGAUUCCAAGGAUAAUGUGUACAACAUGCCACAUUUCUACAGCAAUGCCUUGUGGAACCUGUAAUGUUUUCUUUAAACGAUGCAUUUUUUAACUUGGUGUGUAACAAAACAUGAAUGUAUGGAGUUUCCUUACUGUGUACAUGCACCCUCAAUUAUCCAGACCUUGUUAAAAUAAAAAAGUGCAUUUUGCAGUCACUGCUUUUGUUUGUAAGAGAAAUGUUGGUGGAGUGCAACAUAAUUCUUAGCUCCCAAAUUGACAUCAUUAGUGGCUUUAACUGGGUGUCAGUCAAAAUGCACUUGAAAACCAGAGAUGCCCAAUAGAUUCCUUUUAGUUACUUGCAGGUAUUGGUUCACGCAGGUUUGCUGUGUUUAAUGUUUAUAUGCAAUGUUUAUUGUGCUUUGCUUGUUGCUUCACAUCUGAAUAUUUUCAGGAUAAUGCAUUACAUGCAACAUUACAAUUGAGUGUCUAUUUAAAGCGCAGAUAAUUUGGGACAGUGUGCAGAAUUGUAUUGGCGAACCCAAGAGGGGAUUCUUUGUUUUGUUAUUUUUAAAAUGUAUUUUAAAUGAACUCCUCUAAAAUGUGGCACAUCCCUGAGGCGAAUGUGAAACCACGUGUGUCGCAUCAUCCUGGAAUGUCUCCCCUUAUAAGGUUUUGCAUGCUUGGGAAGCUCGUGCUAUUCAUCCAAACAUAAUGCCCUGCAGCUGUUUAACCUAGCUUCAUCCAGAAACUUUUGUUUCACAAUACAGUUACAGCGACAGUGCGUGGGGCUUUGGAUGUCAAGUUAAGGUGAAAUGGGUCACUGACCCUUCACAGCAUAUAAUUUUAAAAUAACGUUCUGACAAUGUUUUAUUUUUUACACACCAAUGCAUCUUUAGGGACAGCUGUUAAAACUUACUUGCUUAAAUUAUGAAGUGUUUUCUUUCACCGAUGACUACUCGCUCACGUAAUUUUGAGAAUCGUAUUCCAUUCUGUAGUUUAACAACAUUGGCCUCAAUGCAUAUUUUUUAAAGGCCACUGUAGCGUAUAUUAUAUAAUGCAUUAACACAUUUAGGUGGUUUGUCCUUGGCCGGUUUAAUGUAAUAGAUUGCUGAAUUGCUAAGUAAGUAGUGGCAGACUUGGGAUUUCAAGAUGUGGAUGCAGGUCAUGAGCAAUUGUGACUGGCUGUUUGCAGACCGGACUAAAACAAUCGAAGUUUCACUCCGACAGAUAUAUACAGUACUUUGUACUCUUGCUUGUCCCCUGCUGUGUAUAACUCUUUAAUGUCUCAUACACAAAAUAACAACCAACUGAAAUUUAGGGUAAGGUAACGUAUUGUAUAAUUUCAAAAAAUAAACUGAUGGAAUAUAUGUGUAUAAAACUAAAUUGCAAUCUAUGGUGCAAAAGUGUACUGGAAUGUUUUCAGUAUACGGUGUAAGCUACGUUGUACAUUGUUACAAGUUGAAUAACAGCUUAUUUAGUAGCCUUGUCACUGCUUGUAUAAUUAGAACAUGCGAGAAACGGUCAAUGGGUUUCGACAACAUGAUACUAACAUAUGCAUGCACUGACUAUAACCACCCCUCUAAAUUAUGUUAUUAUUCCGUAAUUAAUGGGGCUUUAAAGUCAGCCCAGCAUUAGCUAUGUGCAGCUGUGUUUAGUAUCCACUUCUCAAAACCUGUUGGCAAUCUUUAAUACAUCAAUAUGAACCAUGUGUUUUUGUUAUCUUAUUAUUUUGUUUGAAAGGGCAUCUGUCUGGUGUUUUUGGCUAUUUUCACAUUUGCUUUUGAGACAGACACAGAGGAGUGUCUUAUCACAGUUGUCGCAUUGUGACUGUGUAACCGGAGAAUAAAAUAAUAUAAAAUUUUCA